UCUGUGUCGUCUGCAGGAAACACCUCUUCCAUCAUGAUGUCCUCCAUCUUCUCCUCCAGGUCCAGCUCCGGCGGCUCCACGAUGGGCCUCAGGGCCGGCAGUGUGUACGGCGGAGCAGGAGGAUCUGGAGCCCGCAUCUCGUCCUCCAGCAGCUACAACGUGUCCAGCAUGGACGAGAGCCUCAUCGGCAACGAGAAGUUCACCAUGAGGAACCUGAACGAGCGGCUGGCCUCCUACCUGGCCAAGGUGCACUCCCUGGAGAAGGCCAACGCCGAGCUGGAGCUGAAGAUCCGACAGUUUGUGGAGAGCAAGGUGGGACCGUCCACCAGAGACUACAGCAGCUUCUCCACCAGCAUCGCUGACAUCACCACCAAGGUUCAAGGCGCCAUCAGGGGGAACGCAGCCGUCCACCUCAGCUUCGAUAACGCUCGCCUGGCGGCGGACGACUUCAGGACCAAGUUUGAGAGCGAGCUGACCCUGCGUCAGUCGGUGGAGGCUGACAUCAGUGGACUGAGACGAGUCCUGGAGCAGAUGAACCUGGACCAGUCGGACCUGAGCCUGCAGAUCGACGGCCUGAAGGAGGAGCUGCUGUUCCUGAAGAAGAACCACGAGGAGGAGCUGCUGGCCAUGCGUGCUCAGAUGAGCGGUCAGGUGCACGUGGAGGUGGACGCCGCUCGGGGGGGGGACCUCACGGGUGUCAUGGCGGAGAUCAGAGAACAUUAUGAGACCAUCACCGCCAAGAACCAGCGAGAGCUGGAGAGCUGGUUCCAGAACAAGACGGAGUCCCUGAACAAGGAGGUGAUCACCCAGACGUCCACGCUGCAGACGUCCCACUCAGAGGUCACAGAGGUCACAGAGGUCAAGCGCUCGCUGAGCAUGAAAGCGUCUCUGGAGGCGACUGUGGCUGAGACUCAGAACCGGUUCUCCAUGAAGCUCACCAGGUUCCAACUGCAGGUCUCGUCCCUGGAGGAGCAGCUGGAGCAGCUGAGGACGGAGCUGGAGAGACAGGCUCUGGAGUACCGGACGCUGCUGGACAUCAAGACGCGUCUGGAGUUGGAGAUCACAGAGUACAGGAGGCUGCUGGACGGGGAGGCCGCCAGCAGCAUCAGCACUUCCUCCUCCACGACCACGAGGGUGGUGACGGUGGUGGAAGAGGUGGUUGAUGGGAUGGUGGUGUCGUCAUCAUCCAAAACUUCCUCCACCUCCAGCCAGAUCCGCUGA